CUCUAGUCAGUCACGCUGAAAAGAGUCCCGAAUGAUCUGACUAGAUGUAAGAUAUCGUUCAAUUAUUGUUUAAUAUCAAUUUUAAAAAACAUUUUUACUGAGAGACGUAGUGUUAAUGUGCGAAAGGAAUGUUAAUGCAUCAUGAAAAACUUGAUUCAAUUACUUUCUCCGAGAAAUAAGUGACUUAAUUAGCGUCGUUCAUUAAACUUGACCAGAUUUCACACUUCUAGGGACUUUCAAUUUCAAUUGAUUAGCAUGGAAAAAUCCUUAAAAAUACCUCGAAAUAAAAUAGAGCAAAAUGGAUAUUCCAAUGAAAAUGAUGAAAGUAGGAUGAACGCCUCCGAUUCGGACGAAUCAAAUUUCCGAAAAAUGAGCACCACUCUCGUGUUUUAUGUGAAUGGAGUCGAAGUGAGAGAAACUUCAGUGGAACCAGAAUGGACUUUGCUCUACUAUCUGCGCAACAAACUUGGAUUAUGUGGUACAAAAUUGGGGUGUGCGGAAGGUGGUUGUGGGGCUUGCACUGUUAUGAUUUCAAGAUUCGAUCGUUCAAAAGGUACACCAAUUCACUAUGCAGCAAAUGCUUGUUUAACCCCAGUUUGCGGUGUUCACGGAUUGGCAGUUACAACCAUCGAAGGAAUUGGAAGUACAAAAACAAAGCUUCACCCAGUUCAGGAGCGAAUUGCAAAAGCUCAUGGUUCCCAGUGUGGAUUUUGUACACCAGGAAUCGUCAUGUCCAUGUAUUCUUUAUUAAGGACAAUGCCAAAACCUCGAAUGGAGAAUUUAGAGAUUGCAUUUCAGGGAAAUUUAUGCAGAUGCACCGGUUACCGACCUAUUAUCGAGGGAUACAAAACUUUCACCGAGGAGUGGGAGCAAAUGCAACGUGAUCCACAACAAAACGGGAACUGCAAUCAGGAAAAAGUGUGUGCCUUGGGCGACAAUUGUUGCAAGAAAGCUUUCACCUCAGAGCCAAACGAGCUCUUUGAUUCGAAAAGUUUCCGUCCUCAUGAUGAAACACAGGAACCUAUUUUUCCACCAAAGCUGCAAAUCUCCCCGAAACUCGACGAAGAGUAUUUGAUCCUCAAAGGAAAAAACAUCACCUGGUAUAGGCCGAAUAAUCUCAAAGAAAUACUGACCCUGAAAAAAACAUUUCCUAAUGCAAAAAUCAUUGUUGGUAAUACGGAAGUAGGUGUCGAAAUGAAGUUUAGAAAUAUCUUAUAUCCAGUGCUGAUUCAACCAACGAGGGUGAAAGAAAUGUGUGAAGUGAUAGAGACAGAAGAUUAUAUGCAAAUAGGAGCGAGUGUUACUUUAGUGGAAAUGGAGGAGAAAUUGAAAGAACAGAUAAAAACGAAACCCGAAUUCCGAACGAGAAUAUUUUCUUCGAUUGUGGGCAUGUUGCAUUGGUUCGCCGGGAAACAAAUUCGAAAUGUUGCAGCAGUGGGUGGAAAUAUAAUGACAGGAAGUCCUAUAUCAGAUUUAAAUCCAGUUUUUAUGGCAACGGGAAUUAAAUUGAAUCUGUGCAGCUUGAACUCUGGACACAGAACCGUCCCAAUGGACCACACCUUUUUUGUUGGCUAUCGUCGAAAUAUAGUUGCUCCUGACGAAGUCCUAGUGUCAAUUAGCAUUCCCUUUUCUUUGAAAAAUCAGUACUUCAUAGCUUACAAACAGGCGAAAAGACGCGACGAUGACAUUGCCAUAGUCAACAUGGCCUUGAACGUCUUUCUUGAACCCAACCUUUGUGUAAAAGAAGCUCACAUUGCAUACGGAGGAGUUGCCCCAACCACAGUUCUGGCAAGAAAAACUUGUCAAGCCAUGGUUGGGAAAAAGUGGAAUACCAAAAUUUUGGAGAUGGUGUACGAUAAUCUCGUAGAAGAAUUUCCCCUAUCUGGAGAUGCUCCAGGUGGUAUGAUUCUCUAUCGUCGUUCUCUGACUCUGAGUUUAUUUUUUAAAGGAUUUAUCCACGUGAUGAAAGAGUUAGAAAAAGAUCCAGACUUUGCAGAUGCAGAUCUAGAAAUUCCAAAAGCAUGGGAUUCAAUACCAGAAUGUUUUCACUACAAGACGCCCUGCAGUUCCCAGUACUAUCAACUGGCUCCGAAAGAUCAAAAAUCAACGGAUUUAAUCGGUAGACCCAUAGUUCAUCAGAGUGCCUUCAAGCAAGCAACCGGAGAAGCUCAGUAUUGCGAUGAUAUUCCCAAAAUCAAGGAUGAACUCUACCUCGCAUUCGUCAUUUCGACCCAAGCCCAUGCCAACAUUUUAAAAGUUGAUGCUUCCAAGGCUUUAGAAAUGGACGGUGUGGUGGCUUUCUUCGAUUAUAAAGAUGCUCCCAACAAUAUCACAGGGCCUGUAUUCCAUGACGAGGAGGUAUUUAUUUCCAAAACGGUGACAAGUCAAGGACAAGUAAUUGGAACUGUCGUGGCAGUUGAUCAACUCAUUGCUCAGAGGGCUGCGAAGGCGGUCAAAGUGGAUUACGAACCUCUACCUCCAAUCAUCAGCAUAGAGGAUGCAAUCAUUAAUAAAUCUUUCUUCCCCAAUUUUCCAGUCAAGAUAUGCAGAGGAGAUCCAGAUAAAGCUUUCCAAGAAGUCGAUUACACUCUGACUGGAGAAGCAAGAAUGGGAGGCCAGGAACAUUUCUACUUAGAAACAAUGGCCUUCAUAGCCGUUCCAAGGGAAGGGGACGAGAUGGAGAUAACUGGUUCAACUCAACAUCCCUCUGAAAUUCAAACCGCAGUAGCUGAACUCCUCGAGGUACCCAUGAACAAUAUUGUCGUCCGGACGAAACGAUUGGGUGGUGGAUUUGGAGGAAAAGAAUCAAGAGCAUCUGUGGUUGCACUUCCUGUGGCUUUAGCAGCGCACAAGUUGCGAAAACCGGUUCGAUCAAUGCUGGAUAGGGAUGAAGACAUGAUGAUGAGUGGGACUCGUCACCCAUUUCUGAAGAAGUACAAGGUAGGGUUUAAUAAAGACGGUAAGAUUCAAGUUCUUGAGAUAGAAAUCUACGCAAACGGAGGAUAUUCCAUGGACCUUUCUCGAGGGGUCGUGGACAGGGCAAUAUUUCAUUGCGAGAAUGCGUAUUUCAUCCCAAAUACGCGAAUCACUGGAUAUGUCUGCAAGACGAAUUUACCGAGUAACACUGCUUUUAGAGGAUUCGGUGGACCCCAAGGAAUGUUCGCAGCCGAGAAUUAUAUUCGGGAAAUUGCAGAGUUUCUUGGUCAAGAUCCGGUGAAAAUAGCGGAAAUGAAUUUAUACAAGGAAGGAGAUAUAACUCCUUACAAUCAGCUUAUCUCUUAUUGCACCAUAGAUCGAUGUUGGAAGGAAUGCCUUCACUCAUCUAAUUUCGAAAAACGACAGGCUGAAGUUCGUCUUUACAAUCAAGAACACAGGUUCAAAAAAAGAGGAAUAGCGAUUCUACCCACAAAGUUUGGAAUCGCUUUUACUGUUUUAUUUCUAAACCAGGCUGGAGCUCUCGUGCAUGUUUAUAAAGACGGAUCUGUUUUGAUAUCGCAUGGAGGUGUUGAAAUGGGCCAAGGAUUGCACACGAAAAUGAUUCAAGUGGCUAGCCGAGUUUUUAAGGGCUAUCCGAAAAAAAUUCACAUUUCCGAAACGGCGACGGAUAAAGUGCCGAACACAUCACCAUCUGCGGCCAGUUUCAGUUCUGAUUUGAAUGGAAUGGCUGUAUUAAAGGCCUGCACAAAAAUCAUGAAACGGUUGGAACCAAUAAUCGAAAAAAACCCAGAAGGAACUUGGGAGGAUUGGACAAAGACUGCUUAUUUGGAAAGGGUCGGUCUCUCGGCUACAGGGUUUCACAAGACACCCGAUAUUGGAUACUGUUUUGAAACGAAUUCAGGUCGUGCUUUCGACUAUUUUACGUAUGGGGUCGCUAUUUCAGAGGUAGAAAUUGACUGCCUAACUGGUGAUCAUCAAGUUUUGAGAACAGACAUUGUGAUGGAUUUGGGGGAGAGUUUAAAUCCUGCUAUUGAUAUUGGCCAAGUGGAAGGCGCAUUUGUCCAAGGAUUGGGAUUAUAUACUUUAGAAGAACUGAUCUAUUCGCCGACUGGAACGCUCAUGAGUCGAGGUCCUGGAGCCUACAAAAUCCCUGGAUUUGCAGACAUUCCGCAGGAAUUUAAUGUUUCCCUGUUGAAGGGAGCUCCUAAUCCAAGGGCUGUUUAUUCUUCGAAGGCUGUAGGUGAGCCACCGCUUUUCCUGGCCUGCUCGGUUUUCUUUGCUAUUAAAGAAGCAAUAAAAGCUGCUCGCGAGGAAAUGAAUAUCAGUGGCAGCUUUAGACUCGAUGCUCCUGCAACGGCUGCAAGAAUUCGGAUGGCUUGCGUAGACGAAUUGACUUUGAAGAUCGGAGAAGGAGAUGGUAAAAAAGCUUGGAAUUUAGUUCCUUAAAUGUUUAUCUAGGUAAAUUCAAAAGUAGAGAACAGAUUUUUUACCCGAGGAAUAGAUAAUCAAUUGUAUCGUUAUCGAUAUUAGUAAUUGUUAUUGACAGGUAUCACUGAAAGUUUCGUUUUUUCAAUAUAUAAUCAAAGCCAUCUGUAAUAACAUAAAAAAGUAAAUGAUUGAUCGUUUUGAAUUAUAUAAUUUACAAUAAGUGGAAAUUUUAUGUUUCAAAAUGUCAUAUUUUGUGCUUAGAAAUCGUCUUUCUUCCAGAUAAUUUAUUUACAUUACACUUUGUUUUAUUUUAAAAAGCUUGAUGUUUUUUAUCAGCUCUUUUUUAAGUAACAAAGUUUAAAAUAAUGAAGAUUUAGGCAAGCAUUAAAUUAGAUACAAGUUAUAAAAGGUGAAAAAGGUUUGAUCUUAGUUGAAAAAUGUCUCAUGUAAGAUACUUAACCGAUUGAUCUUAAAUUCGGAAUAAUAGUAUAAACAAAAUAAUUUCCAAAUAUCUCUACUUUCUUAUUAUCUUAUACU